GAGAGAGAGGAAGAGGAGAGAGAGAGAGAGAGAGAGAGAGAGAGGAAGAGGAGAGAGAGAGAGAGAGGAGAGAGAGAGAGAGAGGGAGAGGAGAGAGGGAGAGAGAGAGAGGACUAUACGUGUGGGAUGAUCAUGCCUGUCUCCAUGGCAACUGUGUUUCAUCUCCUCCGUUGGUCGUCAUAUCUGCACACAAGGAAACAUUGACCCGAUCACGUCCUCACAUAUUAAUUAUAAUCUUAUCUUUAUCUUCUAUCUUCAGGCUCAGUGCACGUUUGAUGUCAGGGUUCAUAAAAUACAUUAUUAUAUAUUUUUAUUGAUAUUUUCAAUAAGAUAACGGGCAACAGGUCACUGAACGUCUUCAUACGCAGCCUCUGAUCCAAUCACAGAGCAGAUCUCAGGUCACAUGGUGUGUGGACGUGACCUCGGAGCUUCACGACUUCAGACUGAGGCGAGCAGGAAGAAAAAGUAAAAAAAAUUGAUCUGAGCCGUCGCCAUGGUAACAGAGGAGAGAGUGUGGGAUGAGGACAUCAGAGGGGCGUUUCCCCUUCUUCCGACCAAUCAGAGCUCUCCCUCCUCCACACCUCCAGCAGCUUAUUGACAGAACAAAGUCCGUGAUGAUGAUGAUGUCAGAGAACCUGGAGCAGAUCGACGACAUCAGCGCCCCGCCCCCCCACGAGCUGGAGCCCCCCAGGGAGGAGGACGCUCACUGCCCCCUGCCCUUCAGGCUGCAGCUGAUUGACGACCUGUCCUACGAAGACGUGAAGAAGUGCUACAGAGGAUCAACCGUCAGCAAGUACAACUCUCAGUACCACAAACUGUUCCAGACGGUUCCUCCGGAGGAGAUCCUGAUGAAAGUGUACUCGUGUGCGUUGCUGCGAGACAUCCUUCUGCAGGGGCGACUCUACAUCUCCAGGAACUGGUUGUGUUUCUACGCGAACCUGUUUGGUAAAGAUAUCAAGGUUUGUAUUCCAGUGGUGUCGGUUCGGCUGGUGAAGAAACACAAGACGGCUGGUCUGGUGCCCAACGGCCUCGCCAUCACCAUGGACACGGGGCAGAAGUACGUGUUUGUGUCGCUGCUGUCCAGAGACAGUGUCUACGACGUCCUGCGGAGGAUCUGCACUCACCUGCAGGUAAACGGGAAGAGUCUGAGUCUGAAGCAGUACCUGGAGGAGCCCAGCUCUCUGUCCAUGGUAACGCAGCACGCAGAGGUCGUAUGUUCAUACUCUCAACAGUCAAUCAAACAGGACGAGUUUCCUGAGGUGUUGAAGUGGAGGAGGAAGCCGUCGCUCCCCAUCGUCUCCUCCUCCCUCCCCGACCUGCUGGGUACCUCGUCCCCCAGCCUCGUCCCCGACGAACCCUUCAGCACGCACACGCUCACUGACAGCAGCCUGGAGACGGAGAAGAUCCUGCUGACGGAACCAGUCCCUGAACUGGGUCAGGUGGAGUACCAGCUGCUGAAGCUCUUCAUCCUGCUCGUCUUCCUGCUCGUCUUGUCCUCGUGUUAUCUGGCCUUCAGAGUCUGUCGUCUGGAGCAGCAGCUCAGCUUCCUGAGCAGCCAACCAACACUGAGAGAGAGGUGUGGUGAGGUGCCUUGCUGGUUGGCCAAUCAGAGGACAGGAACCUGACACUGGAGUCAAUCGGAGUCAAGAAGAAGAAAAUCUGCACUGACACAGAUUUGCCUUCAGGGGGCGGCGGAGAGAGGAGACAGACGACUGACCUCUGACCCCACCGCCGCCACCUGGUUACCAUAGAGACAGUAGUCAACACAAACAGUAGGCUGACCUCUGACCUCUCAGUGGACAUGUAGGAAUCAGAGGUGGAGAAACGACAACACGCUCUGACGUACUGCUACAUAACUAACACACUGUAACAUACCUGUAAUAUAACUGUUACAUAACUGUAACAUACUGUACCUGAGCUGUAGAUUCUGACACAGACACAAACUGACUGACGGUCGGCGUCAGUGACUGUGUCUGUGAUGGAGCAGCAGCUGAAGCGUCUGGUGUUUUUCCUGAAUGUUACUGAUCUGAAUCAUGUGACAUCAUCACAGUUCAUGUUCUGAGCACCAAUCACGACCUCCGUCAGUGAAUCCGUGAAGCUGGAGCUCUGUGAUUGGACGAUCGUUGGUUCGUCGGCUUCGACGAGGCUGAACAAAGAAAAUGAAAACGUAAAAAAAUAAUCUGUAACUACAUCACAGAAGUUCCUGCAGAACUUUUUAUCUCACAGGCUGAAAUGUGAUAUGAAUCAGGUUAUUAAUAAAAAAAUAUUCAGAUUCACGCUGGUAAAAGUACCAAGACAAAGUAGAAAUACACCAGUACAGUUAAAUGUCCUGCAGGAGAUGUACUUGUAGUUAAAGUAUUAGAGUACAGUUAAAACACAGAUUUAUUAAAAUAUUGAUCUUCAAAGUAACUUGUAACUAAAUCUGUCUAAUAAAUGUGGAGUAAAAAGUACAAAGUAGAAGUAGAAAUUCUAAAGUAAAAGUACUGGAACAGUAUGAACAUGAAGAGGGAGCAGAGACAAGUGAUGCUCGUGAUUCAUGAGUAUUAAUACUUUCAGGUACAAAACAUUUUCUUUUUCUUAUCAUGUAAUUAAAAAAGAUGACGAACAGCCAAAGGUGAGUCAUUUAUCUGUUUUAUUAUGACGUAUAUUUGAAGUAUUUAUAUUUGAUCUCCUCUUCAUGUUCAGUUGUUUUCUCUUCACCGGGACCAGAUUCAUAAAACAUCCUCACACUGUAAAUCAUAAACGUUCUCAGGUUCUGAGUGAAACUGUUUGGAUCUGAUGACUCAGUGUCAUGACGUCAUCAGACUGUUGGAUGUUGGAUUUAUGAAAUAACUUUGUAUUUUCUGUAAUUAAACAAAAACAAUCUAAUCAAUAAACGUUGAUCAGCUGCUUCGACUGUCAA